CCUGGUGUCACGGGACAAACCCUUCACAGAUGGCUACACACAGCAUCGUGACUCUGGCUCUGCCUGGAUACCACACGAACUCAGCCAGCCUGGAGUUCCCUGGUCAGCUCAGAAAUGCAGAAACAAGAGCCAACAGGACCAGAAUGGACCAGAUGGCCCUGGGGAGCAAGAGACACUAUCCUCGGAGCAAGAGGAGGCUGCACAUCAUGAGUCCCCAAGUCUCCCACCUCUGCCUCUGGAUGUGGCUGAGCACCACCCUGGUGUGUGGGCAGGGUCAAGUGAGUGGCCACCUGAGGUUGGCUGUGCUGCCUGAGGACCGGCUGCAGAUGAAGUGGAGAGAAUCUGAGGGCAGUGGUCUUGGCUAUCUGGUGCAGGUAAAGCCCAUGGCAGGGGACUUGGAGCAGGAGGUAAUGCUGACCACCAAGACCCCCAAGGCCACCGUCGGGGGCCUAAGCCCUUCCAAGGGCUACAUCUUGCAGAUCUUCGAGCUCACUGGUUCUGGGCCGGUCCUGCUGGUGCAGAGGGAGUUUGUGAUUGAGGAUCUGAAGAGUAACUCCUUAGGCAGGAGCAGCCGAAGGCCAGCAGGGACAAUCCUGGAGGCCACUGCAUCCCCUCUGGGGGGGUCAGACCCUCAGCUGACUCCUGAACCCAGUAUUGCCUUUGCCUCAAGCCAAGACCCACCUACUCUUGGAGGGUCGAAGUGGAGUGAGAGAAUGCCUGGAGUGGAUCAGGGCCAGUUCCAGCAAAGCCAGUCCCAGGGCCCUGGGGUGCAGGACCCUGCUCAGCCAGCCACAGACUGGGAGAGGCAGAGCCACACCACAGCCUCUGCUGGAAGGAGAGAGAAGUCAGCCGACCCCCACUUCCGCUGCACACCCCCCACACCUACUGACAUGGUCUUCCUGGUGGAUGGGUCUUGGAGUGUUGGUCACAGCCACUUCCAGCAGGUCAAAGAUUUCCUGGCCAGUGUCAUUGAGCCCUUUGAAAUUGGGCCAGAUAAAGUCCAAGUAGGCCUGACUCAGUACAGUGGAGACCCCCAGACGGAGUGGGACCUGAAUUCCUUCCACACCAGGGAGCAGGUGCUGGCAGCUGUGCACAGCCUCCGCUACAAGGGAGGGAACACGUUCACAGGCCUUGCCCUGACCCAUGUGCUGGGACAGAACCUGAAGCCAGUGGCGGGUCUCCGUCCAGAGGCAGCCAAAGUGGUGGUCCUGGUGACGGAUGGCAAGUCCCAGGAUGAUGUGCGCAUGGCUGCUGGCAUGCUUAAGGACAUAGGUGUUGAUGUCUUCACUGUGGGCGUGAAGAAUGCCGAUGAGGCUGAACUGAAACUCCUCGCAUCCCGGCCACUGGACAUUACUGUCCACAACGUGCUGGACUUCCCCCAGCUGGCCACGCUGGCUGGCUUACUCAGCCGCCUCAUCUGCCAGAAGGUCCAGGGCAGGAACCUGAGCAAGGGCCCAGCUGUAUCAGCAGCAGCUGCUUCUGCCGUCCACCCCCACUCCACGCCUCUCAACCUGGUGUUGACGCAGGUCACCUCCUCCAGUGUCCACCUGUCCUGGACUCCAGCCCCACAGCCACCCCUCAAGUAUCUGAUUGUGUGGCGGUCUUCCAGAGGCGGUGCUCCCAGGGAGGUGCUAGUGGAGGGGCCUGCCUCAUCCAUGGAGCUUCAAAACCUGACCUCCAGCACAGAGUACUUGAUCUCUGUGCUUCCUGUCUAUGAAGGCGGGGUUGGCGAGGGCCUACAGGGCCUGGCAAUUACAGCACCCCUGGCUCCACCCCAGGCACUGACCCUGGCUUCAGUGACACCCAGAACCCUCCACCUCACCUGGCAGCCCUCUGCAGAGGCCACUCAAUACCUGGUGCGGUGCUCACCGGCCUCCCCAACAGAUGAGAAGCAGGGCAGAGAGGUGCGGGUGGGGCGGCCUGAGGUGUUGCUGGAUGGCCUGGAGCCAGGCAGGAACUAUGAGGUUUCAGUGCAGAGCCUCCGAGGGCCAGAGGCCAGCGAGGCCCAGAGUGUCCAAGCCAGGACCUCAGCCUUGGCACCCCCAAAAUACCUGCACUUCUUGGAUGUGAGCCAUGACUCAGCUCGCGUGUCCUGGGAGGGCACCCAGAGGCCUGUGCGCCUGGUCAGGGUCAGCUAUGUCUCCAGUGAUGGUGGCCACUCAGGGCAGAUGCAGGUUCCUGGGAACGCCACCUCAGUUGUCCUGGGUCCCCUCUCCUCCUCCACCACAUACACUGUCCGGGUCACCUGCCUCUACCUUGGGGGUGGCUCCUCCACACUGACCGGCCAUAUGACCACAAGGAAAGCCCCCAGCCCAAGCCAGCUUUCCGUGACAGAGCUGCCAGGAGAUGCGAUCAGGCUGACAUGGGUGGCCACAGGCUCAUCCGGUGUACUUGUCUACCAGAUCAAGUGGACGCCCUUGGAAGAGGGGAAGGCCCAUGAGAUCUCUGUCCCAGGGACCCUCAGCACAGCUGUCCUGCCUGGCCUGGGAAGGGAUACAGAAUACGAGCUCACCAUCCUGGCCUACUACAGGGACGGAGCCCGCAGUGACCCCGUGUCCCUCCGCUACACCCCCACUACAGCAAGCCGGAGCCCCCCGUCCAAUCUGGCUCUGUCCUCGGAGACCCCCAAUAGCCUGAGAGUCAGCUGGACACCUCCAAGUGGUCACGUCCUCCAUUACCGGCUCACCUAUGCACCAGCCUCAGGCUCAGGAUCUGAGAAAUGGAUCUCAGUGCCAGGCCCCAGGAACCACACCACACUUCCUGACCUGCUGGCUGCCACCAAGUACAGGGUCCUGGUCUCAGCUGUCUACGGAGCAGGAGAGAGCAUGGCAGUAUCUGUCACAGGCCGGACAGCAGCCUGCCCAGCCCUGCGCCCGGACAGCACCCUCCCAGGGUUUGACCUGAUGGUGGCCUUUGGCCUGGUGGCAAAGGAAUACGCCUCCAUCCGAGGCGUGGCCAUGGAGGCCUCAGCCUUGGGUGCAACCCCGACCUUCACACUCUUCAAGGAUGCUCAGCUGAUGCGUCGAGCCAGUGACAUCCACCCGGCUGCCCUCCCACCACAACACACCAUUGUCUUCCUGGUGCGCCUGCUCCCUGAAACGCCCCGAGAAGCCUUUGCCCUGUGGCAAAUGACAUCUGAGGACUUCCAGCCCAUCCUUGGGGUUCUGCUGGAUGCUGGCAGAAAGUCUCUGACCUACUUCAACCACGAUCCCAGGGCUGCCCUGCAGGAGGCCACCUUUGACCUGCAGGAGGCCAAGAAGAUUUUCUUUGGGAGCUUCCACAAGGUGCAUGUGGCUGUGGGCCACUCCAAGGUCAAGCUCUAUGUGGACUGCCGGAAGGUGGCGGAGAGGCCCAUCGGGGAGUCCGGCAGCCCACCUGCUGCCGGCUUCGUCAUGCUGGGGAAGCUGGCCAAGGCCAGGGGGCCCCGGAGCAGCUCAGCCACAUUCCAGCUUCAGAUGCUGCAAAUCGUGUGCAGUGACACCUGGGCUGAUGAGGACAAGUGUUGUGAGCUUCCUGCAUCAAGGGACAAAGAAAUGUGCCCGGCCUUCCCUUCUAUCUCCGCCUGCUCUUCCAAGACCCACGGGCCCCCAGGACCCCAAGGUCCCCCUGGUCUCCCUGGGAAGAAUGGCACCCCAGGAGAACGGGGCCUCCCAGGGCCCAGGGGAGAGCCAGGACCACCUGGACAGACAGGACCUGAAGGCCCUGGAGGUCAGCAGGGGUCACCAGGGGCCCAGGGCCGCACAGUCCAGGGGCCCAUGGGUCCACCAGGGAUCAAAGGAGAGAAAGGGGACCAUGGACUCCCAGGCUUGCAGGGCCACCCUGGCCAGCAAGGCACCCCUGGGAGAGUUGGCCUCCAGGGACCAAAGGGAAUGAGAGGACUGGAGGGGCCUGCUGGCCUGCCUGGACCACCUGGCCCCAGGGGGUUCCAGGGCUUAGCAGGGGCCAGGGGCACCAAUGGGGAGCGAGGUCGCCCAGGGGCCGUGGGGCCUACGGGGCUGCCGGGACCCAAAGGGGAACGAGGAGAGAAGGGUGAGCCACAGUCCCUCACCACCAUCUUCCAGCUGGUGAGCCAAGCCUGCGAGUCAGCCAUACAGACACAUGUGAUGAAGCUGAACUCCUUCCUCCAUGAGAAUACCAAGCCCCCGAUGCCCAUCUUGGUGGAGACGGCAGAGCCAGGAGAGCCUGGGCCCCUGGGGUUUCCCUGCAGGCACAGUGAGGCCCUGCUUCCUGGAGAGGGAGCACAUGGGGGUCCCCACCUCGAAGACCAAGGUGAACCUGCAGCCGUCAGUCGGACAGGCAGCCCUGGACUGCGUGGGAGCUAAUCCCCAGCUCCUCUGGGGUGAGGAGGAUAUUCCCUGUGUUGCCCCCAAAUAACCCUGCACCUCCUCCUGCACUUCCUCCUGGGUUUGUCUGGAUACUAGGAACAAAUGUAUCCUGGAAAGGCUAAGAAUGAAAAAAAAGAGCCUGAAGUGGCAGAAGAGGGAAGCAAGGGGCACACACACACCUGAAAUCCUUUCUUUGCGGCACUUCCAAGUUCAGAUAAACCACUAUUGUUCAUCAACCAACAUUGAGGCGCUGCUCUCUGCUGGGGAAGGUUUCUCCCACUGCCCCCUUUGCUUUGUGGCUCACACAAAACCAUCAGAAUUCCCAGCUCCUUUCUUUGGGCUUCUCAAAGCCCAGCCUGGGUCCUAUU